CUGCUGUGAGGAUCAUUAGUUGAGUGAGGACCGCUGAAUAAUUGGGAGCUCAAAGUUGCUUCUGCCCUCCGGAGAGGUCCGUGGGGCUCCUGCUUAUUCCUUUUUUUAAAGAGUCACGCAUUUGAUCACCGUCCACCUGCAAAAGUGAGUUUUUAUUGAAGAAGCUCCAGCUGCCCUCAUUGUCAGCAACCCGGCAGGGCUCUCAGAACGGGCUACUUCGCAGGCCAGGCAGGACAGCAGGGCUGGCAAAUUUGAGAAAGCAGGAGACAGCCGCUGCAUGCAGAGCUGUCAGCCUUCCUACUCGCUGGGCUAGCCUUUCAAGCAGCUGUGCAGCCGGAGACCCUUGGUACUGUGGUCACGUCCCACCUCAAACGUGAACAGUCACCGUCGGCGACACUGGGAGGAAGCCGUGAUGUUGCGGAUGCCGUGGCAUUUUCUGUCUAGCUUUCUCCCCAGGGCUGGGUGCCAAGGCCCCAGAGAGGGGAACCAUGAUGAAGUCAGAGGCACCCCGGCUCCAGCGGGGGAAGACCAGAUGUCCAGCUCUUUGGGGAAACCAGCUGGAAGGGCUGAGGCCCCGGAAAAGAGACCCACCAUUUUGCUAGUGGUCGGACCUGCAGAGCAGUUUCCUCAGAAAAUUGUACAGGCUGGAGAUAAAGACCUCGAUGGACAGCUAGACUUUGAAGAGUUUGUCCAUUAUCUCCAAGAUCAUGAGAAGAAACUGAGGCUGGUAUUCAAGAGUUUGGAUAAAAAGAACGAUGGACGAAUUGAUGCUCAGGAGAUCAUGCAGUCCCUGCGGGACCUGGGAGUCAAGAUAUCUGAGCAGCAGGCAGAAAAAAUUCUCAAGAGAAUACGCACGGGCCACUUCUGGGGCCCUGUCACCUACAUGGAUAAAAAUGGCACGAUGACCAUCGACUGGAAUGAGUGGAGAGACUAUCACCUCUUGCAUCCUGUGGAGAACAUUCCAGAGAUCAUCCUGUACUGGAAGCAUUCCACGAUCUUUGACAUGGGCGAGAAUCUGACGGUUCCCGAUGAGUUUACGGUGGAGGAGAGGCAGACGGGAAUGUGGUGGAGACACCUCGUGGCUGGAGGUGGGGCAGGGGCUGUAUCUAGAACCUGCACAGCCCCCCUGGACAGACUCAAGGUGCUCAUGCAGGUCCACGCCUCCCGCAGCAACAACAUGUGCAUUGUGGGUGGUUUCACCCAAAUGAUUCGCGAGGGAGGGGCCAAGUCCCUCUGGCGGGGCAACGGCAUUAACGUCCUCAAAAUUGCCCCCGAGUCGGCCAUCAAGUUCAUGGCCUACGAGCAGAUCAAGCGUCUUAUUGGGAGUGACCAGGAGACUCUGAGGAUUCAUGAGAGACUUGUGGCAGGGUCCCUGGCAGGGGCCAUUGCGCAGAGCAGCAUCUACCCAAUGGAGGUUCUGAAGACCCGGAUGGCUCUGCGCAAGACAGGCCAGUACUCGGGCAUGCUGGACUGUGCCAGGAAGAUUCUGGCCAGAGAGGGCGUGGCCGCCUUCUACAAGGGCUAUGUCCCCAACAUGCUGGGGAUCAUCCCCUAUGCCGGGAUAGACCUAGCCGUCUACGAGACACUCAAGAAUGCCUGGCUGCAGCGGUAUGCUGUAAACAGUGCAGACCCCGGCGUGUUUGUGCUCCUGGCCUGUGGCACCAUGUCCAGUACUUGUGGCCAGCUGGCCAGCUACCCACUGGCCCUGGUCAGGACCCGGAUGCAGGCCCAAGCCUCCAUUGAGGGAGCUCCGGAGGUGACCAUGAGCAGCCUCUUCAAACAGAUCCUGCAGACCGAGGGGGCCUUUGGCCUGUACCGGGGGCUGGCCCCCAACUUCAUGAAGGUGAUCCCAGCCGUGAGCAUCAGCUACGUGGUGUAUGAGAACCUGAAGAUCACCUUGGGUGUGCAGUCUCGGUGACGGGCAGGAGGCAGCCCCUCCCAGAGGACUCACUGAUCCUGGGUUGCAGCCCUGGGAUGUGCAGCCGUCUCAUUCUGUGAAUGUGCCAACACUAAGCUGACUUAAGCCAAACUGUGAAAACCCUGGGAUGCACCUGCAAGGGAGAGACAGGAGCUGGCAGGCCCACCAGGUUUGUCCUGCUGGCCCUGGCUGACCCUCAUGUCUGUUCCAGGGAACUCGUGUGAGAAUUCCGCAGUGUCCAUGGGUCAGCAGGACACCGGCUCUUGCACAUAGGGACAGGACGCUUCCCGCAGUGCCUGCCAAAUAGCAGGGCCUGGAGGCCAGCUUAGUACUUCCAUCUCCUGGCAGCCAGACCAUCGGCCACAGGCCUCCGGCCCCUGGCCUGCUGGAAGUCUUCCCCAGGCCCACUCUGCUUCCUUCCACGCUGCUAUUUAAUAUGGUAGGAGGAGGGCUACCAGCUUACUCCCCAGGCACCUCCUCGCACCUCUCCCUCAACUCGUGCGUGCGGGCAGGUGUUUCCCUGACCUCACCACCCCAGCUUCCCAACCCUCAGCGUUGCCUCUGGCUAGGUUAUGCAGGGAAGAGGGAGGAGCCUGGCUUAUGUGCACACCCUCAUCUGAGCCGUGCUGUUGGCUUCCAAGCUCGCCAACAGAUGGGUGCCCAGAUGUGCUUGUGCCCUCAGGGGCAAGGCCAAGCCGCACCGUUGGAGUCCUGGUGCAUGGCUUUACCGUAGGCAAGUGCUGGGUCCUGGGACCCAAAGGGCCUCUGCCUCCGCUGCUGGGGUCUCAUGAUACUCUGAGCUGGCACUGGACUCUGUCCAGACUGGCACCAGUUCAGAACCAGCUCUCUGUCCCCACUCUGGCAUGAGGGCAAUGGGGCAGCAAUGGGGAGGGCCGUUUCUGCGAUAUGUCUGUGCCCCGGUGAUAAAAGAAAAAGGUGUUAAAGGCCUUAAUUAUGUUUUGUUGGGAAAAGGGUUUUUUUGUUCAGAAAGGAAAGCUGGACAAAUGUGUAAGUUCUGGGCUUCCGGAGGGAAGAUGGAGGGAACCAGGUAGCUUAGCUGACUGCAUUAAAGUCUGUUUCUGAUGCCUCCGGGGAUGCAUGUCCACUCCCGACGGGGGGUGAAAUGGGACCAGCCUCACAUUCCACUGAUGCAGAGGAUCACACUGCUUGGAGCCUAUUUAUUUUGUAUUUAUUUGAACAGAGUUAUGUCCUAACUAUUUUUAUAGAUCUGUUUAAUUAAUAGCCUGUCAUUUUCAAGUUCAUUUUUUAUUCAUAUUUAUGUUCAUGGUUGAUUAUACCUUCCCAACACCCUCAGGGUGGGGCGAGGAGAGGAAGGAGGGGCCAGGGGAGUGACCUUCCUACCCCUGGCCGCAUUGACGUCACAUCUGUCCAAAGAAAUUCCUCUCGGAACUGGCGACAGAAGAAAGGCCAGCAGGGAAGGGGAGGUCCCCCGAUAAUGGAGACAUGUCCUUGGGCAGGAUAGGGCACCGCUUGCACCCAGGAAGCCUUAGAAUCUGAGGGUUUGAAUGGGGCAAGAGUGGCAAAAAUCUCAAUUCUGUUGAAGACAGAAGUCCAAAUCAUUACUGGGAGGAUCUCUUUAUUUCACCCUUCAGAUGACGAGGCAGUGAGGUACCCAUAGCUGUGAGUUUGGGGUCGGUGGGUAGAGGAGGGGCAGCCAGCUCCCCACCUGUGAGGUGGGCUCCCUCCCUCCCAGGCCCCCCACUGCCCCUGCUCAGCAACCUGAUCAACUUCCACGUCGCAGUUCACUCCAUUCCACCAGAUUGGCCCAAUGAGGACAAUUUAAAAAGGAUGCAAAGAUCAAUGCAAAAAAUUAUUGUUCUAUAUAAGUAUAGUUAUAACGAAUUUGUGAGAAAGCAAAUUAAGAAUUGGAAGUUGUCACUUAAAAGAGCCUUCUAAUAAAGUUGUUUUAAAGUUGA